GCUCUACAUUGGGCCGCAAAACACGGUAACGAAGAUGUCGUAAAGCUAAUUGCCGGCACAUACAAAGCCGACAUCCAUGCUCGAACGAAUGGGGGCUACACACCGUUGCACCUGGCUAUGCAGUUCGGAAAAGAAAAUAUCUUCGACCUUCUCGUCAAUGUUUACAAAGCCAAUCGUGACAUAACUGACUGGAGCGGCAACAAACCAUUGGAUUACAGUCGUCAAAGAACAAGUGUAUCAGCAUCAACAUAUAGCAAAAUCAAAGCACGUCGAAAGCAAUCAGAAAAAGAUUUGGGAUUCCUACGGAUUGGUUCUUUGAAUGUGAGAGUGAAGAAAACAACCGAAGCAUUCAGCAACUUCUUGGGAGUGGGGAGUGGCAAUACGACAUCGACUGGGAUCACGACCAAUCACCAUCACCCAACCCAUCCACAAAGUGGUAUGAUGACGACAGCGACGGGACAGGCGAAAAUGAGGGGUCCAGGACACCACCACCUCCCAGCCCAUGUGAGAGCAAGUGCUCCGCCGACGGGGAGCCUCUUCGAUCCGACUAAAAUCCAUAAAAGUUGGGGUUCUGCUGACAACAUUCCGAAUAAGGACAAGGACAUGAUGCCACCGCCCAAGGAUGGAUCAAUGAAGAAGCGACGUUCGAAGCGGAAUGCAGAUAACGAACAAAUCUUGGCUGGUUACAGCAGCAUGCCAGCUACCCCAAAUCAACUACGUUCACCCAUUGGAAGCCUUUCGGAGCAGCCAAGUGACUCUGAUUCCGACUCAGCAUGCGGAUUCGAUUCAAACUGGUCGGUGAAUCGAGCUGGUACUACCCCUACCGGUAUUGUCUUGCAGAAACCUCCUACUUACAUCUAAUAGUAAACUCGCGGGAUUUGCAUUUAUUUAAAGCAUCACACAUUUUAAACUGCUUUUAAUUGAAAUUAUUUUGACUCGAAUAUUUGUAGAAUCUCUUGUUUUAAAUUUUGUUCAAAUUUGACAGUGCUUUGCGCUGUUUUUCAAAUAUUUAACUGUCUUUUAAAAAU